AUGGCCGACACAGGCGUGCAGAAUGAGGAUGGAAGGUCGCGGGCCCUGCCUCUGGACGAGAACCUGUACACGCUGGACGAGGAGACGAGUGGAUUCUUCAUGGCGCAAACCGGCAUCCAAGAUGCUGAGGAGCUUAGGAAGCACCUUUUGCGUGUCCAAGCUGAAGCAUAUGCCGUCUUCCCGUAUCCAUGUAUACGCGGGUUCCUAUUCCUUCAACUAAAGCAAUCACAGCUCCCAGCAUACAAGCGACUGCUCGUCAUGGGGAGGGAACGUCAAGGUGCCAUCCUCUUGGAUAUCGGGUGCUGCUUCGGAAACGACAUUAGAAAGGCCGUCUAUGACGGGUAUCCGAUCGAGAACAUCGUCGGCUCUGACCUGCGAUCCGAGUUCUGGGAGCUGGGCCACGGGUUUUUCAAGUCGACGCCUACCACGUUCCCAGUCCCGUUCAUAGCAGGGGACGUGUUCGACACGGCACAUCUCGCAUCCGUCCCCCCACUCCGCGCUCCGCCGGACGGGCCCAUCCCGGAGCUGUCCACACUUACCUCGCUGAACCCGCUGCGCGGGCACGUCUCCGCGAUCCACGCGUCGGCCUUCUUCCACCUCUUCUCCGAAGAAAAGCAGCUUCAGCUGGCGCGCAAACUUGCGGGGCUGCUCUCGCCCGUGCGGGGGUCGAUGAUCCUGGGCUGGCAUGUCGGGCGGCCGGAGAAGGGCUUCCGGUACGAGGUGUUGCCGCCGCACCGCCAGGGGAACCCGAUGUUCUGCCACAGUGCGGAGAGCUGGAAGGAGAUGUGGGAGGGGCAGGUCUUCGGGAAGGAUGUGGUGAAGGUGGAGGCGGAGCUGCGGGAGGAGGCGGAGAGGCGUGAUUGGAAGGAUAUGCCGGGCGUGGCACCUGGAGCGAAGUUCUAUGCGCUGGUAUGGUCGGUGACGAGGUUGUGA